GUGUGGCCGCUGGAGAUCAACAGCCCACUCUCCUGGAAGGCCAUUGAGCCCAUGGCCCGAGAGCUCAAGACCGUGUCCAAGGGUGGGGAAGGGGAUGAGGAGUGGGGUUUUUCCGAGUCAACCAGAAGGUACCAUCGACCGAGAGCUCAAGAACGUGUCCAAGCUUGCCGAGAGAGCCAUAGACCGCCCCUCAUGAACGCCCCUCUUUCACUCACCUCCUCGCCUCUCUGUGUCUCUGCUGCUCCUGCCCCCCCCUUGAUCUCCUCUCUUGCAGAGAAAGCCAUUGACCUCAUGAACGCCCCCCUUUCACUCGCCUCCUCUCCCCUCUCUCUGUGUCUCUCCUGCUCCUCCCCAUCAACUCCCCCUCCUUCCCCCUUCCCCCCAUGA